AUGGUCUCAAGUGCCUUAUCAUUGUGCGCGGCACUGCUUUUAGCUGCUUUUUCUGCUGUAUCGAAGGCACAAACAUCUUAUUACAUUUCUAUUUAUACUGAAACAAUUCCUAGUUAUUCGCAACCGCAAGUAUCUUAUAUUACUAGUUAUCUUGGACCGACUACUCACGGUGGUAAGGGUCCUAUUGCCACAGUGGACGGAUGGCCUGUGAAUAAUCCGUAUAAUGCAUCUAAGGAUGCUCGUUGUAUGUUGACUCCAGAACAAAAGGCGGCUGUUUUGGACCUAAUGAAUAAGUACAGAUCUAUGUUUGUCGACACUCCUAAUUUAACCUGGUCUGAUACUUUAGCCCAACGGGCUGCGUGGUGGGCUUGCGAAUUUAAUGUCAAGACGCCUGUUUUUCAAGACGCUCCCGAUUACGGCUACUUUAUUGGUUCAAACUUUUACGUGGGACCUGGUCCUCUGACCAGCGGUGUAGACGCCUGGUUUGAUGAAAUUAAUGAUUAUAAUUACAGCGAUCCUUACCUUUUGCCUUACUUACAUAAUGGACAUUUUACACAGCUUGUUUGGAAAUCCACCACGGAGGUUGGUUGUGGUGCGCAAGAAUAUUGGCCCGGUGUUGAUGGUUUGCCUGGUCGAUAUUUUUUUGAGUGUGAGUUCAUACCUCUUGGUAAUGAUUAUGGUAAAUACCAUGAAAAUGUCAUGCCUCUGAAACCAGCUUAUGCAACUCUUCAGUUCCCAACACCUCACUGGACAGCCGCCCCCGUAAAUUGGACAUCUAUAUCUCUAUAUGAAAAAACACAUGCUGUAGCUCAAAUUACUAUAACUCCGACAUCAAAUCCUAACCCUGUUUACACAAUACCUUUUGGAGAUUGGUCAGACUUCUUUCCAUCAACGGCCCAGUUUACUUAUUUAAGUGCCACUGACAGUCCAACUACCACUGCAACAACAUCUACCUCGAGCAACAGUCAUGCUUCUGCUGUGAAUACUACUAACAGAUCAACCUCCACUGCAACAACAACUACUUCAACCAACACUCAUGGUUCUGCUAUUGAUGCUACUCACAGAUCAACUAUCAUUUCUAAAAAAUCUACUUCAAUCAGUCAUAGUUCUGCUAUGGAUGCUACUGACAAGUCAAUUGCCACUGCAACAACAUCUACCUCAAGCAACAGUCGUAGUUCUAGUAUCAAUGCUACUGACAAAUCAAUUGUCACUUCUAAAAAAUCUACUUCAAUCAGUCAUAGUUCUGCUAUGGAUGCUACUGACAAAUCAACCAUUUCUGAGAAGUCUACCUCUAGCAAUAGUCAUGGUUCUAUUAUGAAUACUACUGACAGAUCAACUGUCACUUCUAAAAAAUCUACCUCAAGCAACAGUCAUAAUUCUGCUAUGGAUGCUACUGGUAAGUCAACCAUCACCUCUAACAAAUCUACCUCAAGCAACAAUCAUAGUUCUGUCGUUGAUGCUACUGACAGAUCAACCACCACUGCAACAACAUCUACUCCAAUCAGUCGUGGUUCUGCUAUUGAUGCUACUAAUAAAUCUACCACCACUUCUAACAAAUCUAACUCGAGCAACAUUCAUGCUUCUGCUAUGAAUACUACUAACAGAUCAACCACUACUUCUAAAAAAUCUACCUCAAUCAGUCAUGAUUCUGCUAUUGAUGCUACUGACAGAUCGACCACCACUUCUAACAAAUCUACCUCAAACAGUCAUAGUUCUACUAUGGAUGCUACUCACAGAUCAACCAUCACUGCAACAAUAUCUACUUCAAGCAACAGUCAUAGUUCUAUUAUAAAUACUACUGACAGAUCAACUACCACUGCAACAAUAUCUACUUCAAACAGUAAUGGUUCUACUAUGGAUGCUACUCACAGAUCAACCAUCACUUCUAAGAAAUCUACUUCAAGCAACAAUCGUAGUUCUACUAUGGAUGCUAUUAACAGAUUAACCAUCACUGCAACAACAACUACCCCAAGCAACAGUAAUGGUUCUGCUGUUGAUGCUACUAGCAGAUCAACCAUCACCUCUAAUAAAUCUACCUUGAGCAAGAGUAAUGGUUCUACUAUGAAUACUACUGACAGAUCAAUCACCACUUCUAAGAAAUCUACCUCAAGCAACAGUCAUGGUUCUGGUAUCAAUGCCACCAACAAGUCAACUGCCACUUCUAAGAAAUCUGCCUCAAACAGUCAUAGUUCUACUAUGGAUGCUACUGACAAGUCAAUUGCCACUGCAACAACAUCUACCUCAAGCAACAGUCGUAGUUCUAGUAUCAAUGCUACUGACAAAUCAACUGUCACUUCUAAAAAAUCUACCUCAAACAGUCAUAGUUCUACUAUGAAUACUACUGACAGAUCAACCACCACUUCUAACAAAUCUACCUCAAUCAGUCAUAGUUCUGCUAUGAAUACCACUGACAGAUCAACCAUCACUUCCAAGAAAUCUACUUUAAGUAACAGUAAUGGUUCUGCUAUGGAUGUUACUGACAGAUCAACCAUCACUUCUACCUCAAUCAGUCAUAGUUCUACUAUGAAUACUACUGACAGAUCAACCAUCACUUCCAAGAAAUCUACUUUAAGUAACAGUAAUGGUUCUGCUAUGGAUGUUACUGACAGAUCAACCAUCACUUCUACCUCAAUCAGUCAUAGUUCUACUAUGAAUACUACUGACAGAUCAACCAUCACUUCUAAAAAAUCUACCUCAAGCAACAGUCAUAAUUCUGCCAUUGAUGCUACUGACAGAUCAACCUCCACUUCUAACAAAUCUACUUCAAGCAAAAGUAAUGGUUCUAAUAUCAAUGCUACUAAUAGAUCUACCACUACUUCUAAGAAAUCUGUCUCAAUCAGUUAUGGUUCUGCUAUUGAUGCUACUAACAGAUCAACCACUACUUCUAAGAAAUCUACCUCAAUCAGUCAUAGUUCUACUAUGAAUACUACUGACAGGUCAACCAUCACUUCUAAAAAAUCUACCUCAAGCAACAGUCAUAAUUCUGCCAUUGAUGCUACUGACAGAUCAACCUCCACUUCUAACAAAUCUACUUCAAGCAAAAGUAAUGGUUCUAAUAUCAAUGCUACUAAUAGAUCUACCACUACUUCUAAGAAAUCUGUCUCAAUCAGUCAUAAUUCUGCUAUUGAUGCUACUAACAGAUCAACCACUACUUCUAAGAAAUCUACCUCAAUCAGUUAUGGUUCUACUAUUGAUGCUACUGACAGAUCAACCACCACUUCUAACAAAUCUACCUCAAUCAGUCAUAGUUCUGCUAUGGAUGUUACUGACAGAUCAACCAUCACUUCUACCUCAAUCAGUCAUAGUUCUACUAUGAAUACUACUGACAGAUCCACUGCUACUUCUGACAAAUCUACCUCAAUCAGUCGUGGUUCUACUAUGGAUGCCACUGACAGAUCAGCUACUACUGCAACAACAUCUACCCCAAGCAACAGUAAUGGUUCUGCUAUUGAUGCUACUGACAGAUCAACUGCCACUUCUAAGAUCUCUACUUCAAGCAACAGUAAUGGUUCUUCUAUAAAUACUACUGGCAAGUCAACCUCCACUUCUAACAAAUCUACCUCGAGUAACAGUCAUGGUUCUACUAUCGAUGCUACUAACAGAUCAGCUACUACUUCUACCAAAUCUACCUCAAUCAGUCAUAGUUCUGCUAUGGAUGCCACUGACAGAUCAGCUACUACUGCAACAACAUCUACCCCAAGCAACAGUAAUGGUUCUGCUAUUAGUGUCAAUGGUAAUGCACAUGCUACUGGUGAAGCUGCAUCCGCUAAAACAAAUGUUGCUCACUCCGUCACAACCGCUACUGUUAAGAGCACACACAUGGUAGAUGUCACUGAAUGUCCAGUUUGCUCACUAUCCACCGCUACCACUUCAUUUUCUUCCCAAAACAGUCAAACUGUCCUACAUAGUGAACCAGUGUUGAGAGUUAGUACAGUUUAUACUACAGAUGAUGUUGUUAUCACUACAUACACUCCUUCAUGUCCAGAAAGUGCUAACACAGGUUCUGUUACAGCUUCUGCUGCUACUGCUACUGCACCUUCAGACGUAAGCAUAGAAUCUGCCCAUUCCAAUGUUGUUCCAUCUGUAGGUGUUGCUACUUCUUCUUCUAAUUCUGCGGAAAGUGUUACAGUUGCAAAAUAUGAAGGUUUGGCAGCUAGUUUGACCUCAGAUGUUCUAUUCAGCGCUAUUUUAAUGGCUCUUAUUCAUUUGAUCUAA